UGUUGAAGAAGUUAACCCAAAAAGACAAGUCACGUACUUGUUUUAUGUCUCUCAUCGGUCUCUAACAAACUCACACUCGCACCUCCUCGCUCUCUCUCUCUCUCUCUAAGAUUUUCAGGACGGUUUCGAUGUUUUCAUGAGCAAUUGCUUGAAAGGUCGACUUAGGAGAUGUAUCUUUGAAAGGAGUGAUCCGAUCUAUAAUUGUGGGAUUUGAACCUGCAGAAUUAUAAGGAAAAUAAAUGGAGCUGGAAAGAAGUGAAAGGGAGAUGGUAGUAAGUCAAGUCAGUUUUGGUGGGUUUGACAGUCAUGUCACAGCGAACGAUCUUAUGCAAUACUUAGAAGAUGAAGUUGGAGCAGUUUAUAGGUGCAGACUGAAAACUUCUUGGACCCCUCCAGAGUCCUAUCCAAAUUUUGAGUUUAUUGACACUAAAGGCAUUGAGAGAUCAGAUGAUUACGAAAAGGUCAAGCCCCAUGCAUUUGUGCAUUUUGCCUCACCUGAAUCAGCAACUUGGGCUGUGGAUGCUGUGGGGCGUUGUGAUCUUUUUAUGGAGGAGAAACCAUUGAAGAUUAGUUUAGGUCCUCAAAAUCCGUACCGCUUGAAUCAGAGGAGGAGGACUACAACUCCUUAUAAGUUAUCUGAUGUGCUUGUCGAGAUUGGAACCUUGGUCAGCCGAGAUGAUUUUUUUGUUGCUUGGAGAGGACCUCCUUAUGGGGUUGACUUUCUGGUGGAUCCUUUUGAUGGGACAUGUAAGUUUUGUUUCACAAGAGAUACUGCUUUCUCUUUUAAAAGCACAAACAAGCACGUAGUUAUAAAGUGUGAUUUUAAGAUGGAGUUCUUGGUGAGAGACAUCACUGAGAUCAAACGGUAUACUGAUACAUCGUAUCUAGUAAUCCUUUUGCAGUUGACUUCGUCACCCUUGGUCUGGUAUAGAACAGCUGAUGAUGACAUUGAAGAAUCUGUUCCAUUUCAUUUGUUGGAUGAUGAUGAUCCUUGGAUCCGAACCACCGAUUUUACGCGUAGUGGUGCCCUUAGUCGGUGUAAUUCUUAUAGGGUUUCAAUCCCACCCCGCCAUGGUGGUAAGUUGAAAAGGGCCAUGGAUUAUCUUAAGGAACGAAGAGUGCAGGAGAGUUGCCUUAGAUGCCCGCUUAGGAUCCAGAAUGAACCUGAUUUUGGGCUGCUCAUGUCAGAUCAUUUCUUCUGUAUUCAUUACAAAGAAGAAAUAACUUUUGAGAUAAUGUUCUUGGUAAAUGCUGUCUUGCAUAAAGGCAUUUUCAAUCAGCACCAGUUGUCAGACAAUUUCUUCAAUUUACUGAGAAGCCACCCUAAUGAGGUUAACGUGGCUGCACUUAAGCACAUAUGUUCUUACAGACGCCCAGUGUUUGAUGCCUAUAAAAGGUUGAAAGUUGUCCAGGAUUGGUUGUUGAAGAGUCCUAAGCUUUUCAAGAGACCUAAACAGUUGGAUGAUAUUGUUGCAGUUAGGAGGUUGGUCAUAACACCAACAAAAGCAUAUUGUCUUCCACCAGAAGUUGAGCUUUCUAAUAGGGUUCUCAGGAAAUAUAAAGAUGUUGCUGAUCGGUUUUUGAGGGUUACAUUUAUGGAUGAAGGUAUGCAGACAAUCAAUUUCAAUGUUCUUACAUAUUUUGUUGCUCCUAUUGUAAAGGAAAUAACGUCAAAUUCUUACUCUCAGAGAACAAAAGUAUACCAAAGGGUAAGAACCAUCCUGUUUGAAGGGUUUCAUUUAUGUGGUCGGAAGUAUUAUUUUUUAGCCUUCUCAUCCAAUCAAUUUAGGGACCGUUCUGCCUGGUUUUUUGCCGAAGACAGGAACACAACUGUUGCUGACAUCAGAGAUUUUAUGGGGAAGUUUUCCCAAAAGAACGUUGCUAAGUGUGCUGCUAGAAUGGGUCUUUGCUUCUCCUCUACAUAUGCUACAGUGGAAGUUCCAUCAACAGAAGUUAAUCCUCAGCUUCCAGAGAUAGAGAAGGGACCGUACAAGUUCUCUGAUGGGAUUGGUAUGCUUACUCCUGAUCUUGCGAUGGAAGUUGCAGAGAAGCUGAAAUUGGACACAAACCCGCCAUGUGCUUAUCAGAUAAGGUAUGCUGGUUUUAAGGGUGUUGUGGCCUGUUGGCCAGCAAAAGGCGAUGGGAUCCGACUGUCUUUGAGGCCUAGUAUGGACAAGUUCCAGUCAAAACAUACUACUCUGGAAAUCUGUUCUUGGACAAGGUUUCAGCCUGGUUUCCUAAACAGGCAGAUUGUGACAUUGCUUUCAUGUUUGAAUGUUCGAGAUGAAAUAUUCUGGCAAAUGCAGGACUCUAUGCUUUCCAGACUAAACCAAAUGCUCGUGGACAAGGAUGUGGCAUUUGAUGUUCUGAUGGCAUCCUGUGCUGAGCAAGGAAAUGUGGCAGCAAUAAUGUUGAGUGCAGGAUUUGAGCCUCAAAGUGAACCUCAUUUACGAGGCAUGCUAACCUGUAUACGAGCUGGACAACAUUGGGGCCUUAGGGAGAAGACUAGGAUUUUUGUUCCUUCAGGAAGGUGGUUAAUGGGCUGCUUAGACGAGCUAGGGGUACUUGAACAAGGCCAGUGCUAUAUCCAAGUGUCUUCCCCAUCAUUGGAGAACUGUUUCUCAAAGCAUGGUUCCAGGUUUACUGAGAGGGGGAAAAAUCUUCAAGUAAUUAAAGGGCACGUAGUGAUAGCAAAAAAUCCUUGUCUUCACCCAGGAGAUAUAAGGAUUCUUGAAGCAGUUGAUGCCCCUGGUUUACACCAUUUAUAUGAUUGCCUUGUUUUCCCUCAAAAGGGUGAUAGGCCCCACACAGAUGAAGCAUCUGGAAGUGAUCUUGAUGGGGACCUCUACUUUGUAACAUGGGAUGAAAAUCUCAUUCCCCCUAGUAAGAAGAGCUGGCCGCCCAUGGAGUAUGCUCCUGCAGAAGCCAAACUUUUGACACGCACUGUCACUUCUAAGGAUAUAAUAGAAUUUUUUGCGAGAAACAUGGUGAAUGAGAACCUGGGGGUAAUCUGCAGUGCUCAUGUGGUUCAUGCUGACCGCAGUGACCAUGGGGCUUUGGAUGAGAACUGUAUCAAACUUGCGGAGUUAGCAGCUACAGCUGUUGAUUUUCCCAAGACUGGGCAGUUUGUCGUCAUGCCUUCACAUCUGAAACCGAAAUUGUACCCUGAUUUUAUGGGGAAAGAGGAUUACCAAUCUUACAAGUCGACUAAAAUUUUGGGAAGACUAUAUCGCCAGAUGAUGGAUGCUUAUGAUCAAGAUGUUGCUACAUCUGCAGAGCUAAAUUUUGUUCCUGCUAAUGUACCUUAUGAUACAGAUCUUGUGGUUCAAGGAUCUACUGAUUUCAUUAUGGAGGCGUGGGAUCAAAAGUGCUCUUAUGAUGGGCAGCUGAAUGGUCUACUAGGACAGUAUAAAGUGAGGAGGGAAGAAGAGAUUGUAACUGGGCACAUCUGGUCCAUGCCAAAGUACAACAGCAGGAAGCAAGGGGAGCUCAAGGAGAAGCUCAAGCAUUCUUACAGUGCUCUGAAGAAAGAAUUCAGGCAACUGUUUGAUAAGAUGGACACAGAUUUUGAGCGACUCACUGAUGAUGAGAAGAACAUGUUGUAUGAGCAGAAGGCAUCAGCAUGGUACCAGGUCACUUAUGAUCCACAGUGGGUGAAGAAAUCGCUGGAGUCGCGAGAGCCUGACGGUCCAGAGAAUGUAGUGAUGUUGAGCUUUCCCUGGAUUGUAGCUGAUUACCUUGCUCGGAUCAAGAUUAGGAGACGUGGAAUGGGAAAUGUCGACUCUGCCAAGCCAAUUAACUCUCUGGCCAGGUUCCUUGUUGAUCGAAUAUGAUUGGCACUUGAAGCUGUAUGGAGCUAUCUUUUGUUGCUGCUCUAAACUUUUUGGCUGCAAAGCCACUCUGCCAUUCUUAAAGAUAAGUUGUAUAUCCAUGUUAUAUAAGGUAUUCCCCUCUUCUUUUUUUGGCCCUAGUGAUAUUUCCUUUUGAACUUUACCUAAUGAGACUACAAGAAGUUGCUUGCUUUGUAAUCAAAUUGUUGAAGUGUUUUGUGCUUUAAUCGGAAUUGAAUUUUCUAGCA